CGUGGUUUGUUUUAGAAACAAGCCACCCCGAUAGCAAAUACACUAUUCAUAGAAAACACGAUCCGGCUUCGAUAUUGCUCUAGAAAUUUUGUGGGCGUCUAAAGGUAAUAGAACCUUAGUCAUCGACGCAAAAUGGGUUACAACGCAAAUAUUUUUGUUACACCGGUGGAUCAAAGCCUACUGUGCGGAAUUUGCAAGGAAGUGUUGAAGAACCCACGCGCCAUGUAUUGUGGACAUACGUAUUGCGAAGAGUGUUUAGAAAACUGGUUUAAAUCCGCGAAAAACGUAAAGAAAACUUGUCCUAUAUGUCGGCGCGAUGUGAUUUCUUCCAACACCGCACCAGUUUUAGCUCUCACCGCAUUCAUUGAGGGACUUUCCGUGAAGUGCGAAAAUGCCGUGAACGGUUGUAAAAUGGUGUUAAAACUUGGAGACUUGGAGAAGCAUUUGGAAAAAUGCGGAUUUACUCUGGUAGAGUGUAGUGGUUGUGAUGAAAUAUUUAGUCAAAGUGAUUUUCACAAUCAUCGCAAAAAAUGCGCGAAGUUGAAUGAUACCGGCUGCUUCGAUGCCCGUGUGCAUGCCGAGAUCGUAGCGAUUCAAAACGAGCUCUUCAUGACAAAGAAGUCCCUUCGAACUUCCGAAGAAACCGUUCGAAGGUUGGAAUCCAAUUUGUUUGAAUUACGGGUACAAAGGCGAAUCCGAGCAGAGGCGACACGCGCCGAAGAUUUCCGAGAAUCCGUGUGGGAUCCUGAUUAUUCAUAUGGAUAUUCACCUCGAAGCAUUGUUCAUCUUUCAACUUUCAUUUCGUGUUUUUUGACUAACAAGCCACCUUACGUUGAUAAAGAACGCAUUUUUGUUUGUCUGAAACGCUGUUUUGAUUUUUAUCAUAACUGCGCAGCGUUCUGGCAAGAUGUCCACAUGCUUUUGGCAACAGCAUUGGCCAGUGGUUGGUUCGGGGAUGAACAGAGAAAGAAACUUGACAAUUGGUUGAAAACUUUGGCUCGUGAACGCCUCUUGAAGUGAGUUUCGCAUCAUCUUGGGAAGGAAAAGUCAGUAAGAGAGAGAGAAAGAGAAGAAUAGAAAGAAAGAGUUAAAACACUCCAUUUGGCCAAAAAUUACAUUUGAAUAAUCAAAAACGAUAUAAUUACCUCUAAAUGAUACAUCUAAAUUAUUAAUAUUAUAUUUGAGUAACUCGGGGCUGUCGUAAAGAAACCUAUAAGCUCUCCUGAACACGUUUAAUGACCUCGUUCACCAUCGAUUAGUCUAAACGUGUCAAAUGAAUAAAUAAGUCUCAGACAAAACCGAGAAAUAUCCGAGUGAAUUUUCCCACGUUAAAUUCGUUAGUUCAGUAGGGAUAAGAAUUUUACCGCUGCAGAAGAAUAGGUAACCUUGAUUGCUGAACACUAAAAACACUGGAGUCUCUGAAGUAAUAAAAAAACAAA